UCUGCGAUUUGCAUACCCGUCUUCACCGAUGGCCGCCUCGAUCUUUCUCCUUUACAUGACGGCUUUUUCUUUGCUACAAUAUGCAUCAUCCUCGUCUUUAUGUCAUCGCGACUCUGCUUUAUUUCUUUAUAGUCUUAAAUCUCAAUGCCCUCUGUCGAUCUCGCCAAAUCCACCUCUUCAGGUGGAUGGAAGUUACGUAGAAGGAGUUUUGUCUAGAAAGCAGAGAAUCGGAUAUAUUUCUGUACUUUUCUAUGCUUCUUGGUGCCCAUUCUCGCAGAGUGUGCUUCCUAAACUUGAAACACUUAGUUCCAUAUUUCCCCAAGUGGAACAUUUGGUAGUUGAGCAAUCAUCAACCUUACCAAGCGUGUUUUCGAGAUAUGGAAUCCAUAGUGUGCCAGCUAUAUUAUUGUUGAAUCAGACAUCAAUAAUUAGAUAUCAUGGUUCAAAAGAUCUGCUCUCCCUCGUACAAUUUUAUGAGAGAAACACAGGAUUUGGGCCAAUUCAUUACUUUGCGGACGACCAACAGGACAGCUUGAGUAGUGACAAAAAAUCAGCUAUAAAGUCAUUGGUGAGUUUGUCACCAAAAGAAAUAUGUAGCGGGGAACCCUACCUGAUUUUCUCAGUCUUGUUUCUUUGUUUGAGGAUACUUCUCUAUGUAUUGCCGGGGACUGUAGCGCAUCUCAGGGCAUUCUUGGUGUCUCAUGUUCCUCAUCUGAACUUGCAAGUAUUUGGUGAGACGAGCCAAAUGAUGGGACGCAUUCUCCAAGUGAUCGAUGUUAGGAGGAUUGGGACGAAACUAAGACUGAGCAAGACGAGGAGCUUCCAUCAACGGGCGAAGAGUGCCAGAGUUUGGGCUUCUUCUCUGGCUUCUGUUUCUCUGGGCGAGGCAUCAUCAGCAAGGACAUCCUCUUGAGGUUUGAACUGACAAUCUUGAUACUAGCUAGUCAUUUUGAGGGCAGGAAAGAGUUUGUUGAUCACAUAAUAUCCACAUGCUGCAAUCAAAUCUUAAGAAUACAGGGUUCUUUCUGUGUCUCCGAUUUUAAUAAUUUUAGUAGUGCUAACAGCUGAAUGCUGUCUGUGAUGUGGGUUUCGAGAGGAAGCGAACAGGCAUGUAAAUUUGAGCACAGCUUUCUUGUUCUGUAAAUUAUUUUGUUUUCUUACGGAAAUCAUACAGGAUCA